AUGACCUAUCAAGGGUGGGUGGUAAACUUGAGGAUGAGGGCUAAUGCCAAUAAACGGUCUUGGUUUAUGACCUUGGUCAUUAUUUUCCUGCAUUGCUCAAAUGGGGUUGUAGAGUCUGCAAAAGUUCCAGCAUUGUUUGUGUUCGGAGAUUCAUUAGUUGAUACUGGCAACAACAACUAUCUCACCUCCAUUGCCAAAUCCAAUUACUUUCCUUAUGGUGUUGAUUUUGCCAAUUACGGCCCUACUGGGAGAUUUUCCAAUGGCAAAACCUUUGUUGAUAUACUUGGUGAGAUGCUGGGAGUUCCAUAUCCUCCAGCCUUCGCAGAUCCUAGCACAUCUGGGUCCAGAGUACUUGGUGGAGUCAAUUAUGCUUCAGCAGCUGCUGGCAUCCUUGAUGAGUCAGGACUGCACUAUGGACAAAGGUAUAGCCUAAGCCAACAAGUCCUGAAUUUUGAGACCACACUGAAUCAAAUAAGAACAUUGAUGGGUGGAAGGAAUCUGACCGAGUACCUGGGAAAAUCCAUUUCUGUUUUAGUGUUUGGAAGCAAUGACUACAUCAACAAUUACCUCAUGCCUUCAAUCUACUCUUCCAGCUUAAACUAUAAUCCCCCUGCUUAUGCAAAUCUUCUGCUCGAUCACUACACACGUCAGCUUCUGGCACUGUAUAGUCUAGGACUAAGGAAAUUCGUGCUGGCAGGAAUUGGACCUCUUGGUUGCAUCCCUAACCAAAGAGCCUCUGCUCCCCCAGAUAGAUGUUUUGAUUAUGUAAAUCAAAUACUUGGAACCUUCAAUGAAGGCCUGAGAUCACUGGUUGAUCAACUGAACAAGCAUCCUGGUGCAAUGUUUGUUUAUGGCAGUACUUAUGGUGCAGUUGGUGACAUCCUAAAUAACCCUGGCACUUACGGAUUCACUGUUGUUGAUAAAGGUUGCUGUGGGAUUGGGAGGAACCAAGGCCAAAUAACAUGUCUUCCAUGGGUGAUUCCAUGCUCAAACAGAAAUACCUAUGUUUUUUGGGAUGCCUUCCAUCCCACGCAGGCUGUCAAUGCCAUUCUAGCCCAGAGGGCCUUUAAUGGCCCACCAAGGGAUUGUUACCCAAUUAACGUCCAGCAAAUGACACUCAUCUACUGA